AUGAACGGACCACAGGUAACUGCUGCAAUUUUGUAAUUGGACGACUUCAAGGAGAGCAUGUGUUUGUGCAGAAACGCGGCGCGAUUGUUGCAUUGAUGGGAAAGAGAGGAUCAACAUCACAGAAAGUUAGAAGCAUAAGAAACGCAAAUCUGCUAGCUGCUAAAGAAAAAAAAAACAAAAAACAAAAACCAGUACAAAGGAAAUCUGGCUUUUUUGGGAUUUAGUGAGUAGGUCUGCCAAGCACCUUAUUUGACAACAUCUGGGCAUUUUGGGAAUAUUUUAAAAAUAAGACAGCUAUUUGUACAUGAACAUGGAGCUGACUGAUAACGGCACGUCAUCCCACAAUAACCACAUUCCUCAUUAUCUUCUAAAGGAUGACCCAUUUGCCUCCAGGCUAUCGAGAGGAGCUGAUGUUGCAGCUGCAGUCUAUGUUAUUAUUAUAGGGAUCUUGUCAGUUGUUGGGAAUGGUUAUGUCAUUGUCAUGUCCUGGAAACGGAAGACAAAGUUAAAACCUCCAGAGCUCAUGACAGUGAAUUUAGCCGUCUUUGAUUUAGGGAUUUCAGUUACAGGCAAACCAUUCUUUACAGUGUCCUGUUUUGCACAUCGCUGGAUGUUCGGAUGGGCAGGUUGUCGAUGGUACGGAUGGGCAGGGUUUUUCUUUGGCUGUGGAAGCUUAAUUACAAUGACUGCAGUCAGUCUGGAGAGAUACUUAAAAAUCUGCCACUUAAGAUAUGGUAGCUGGUUUAUGAGGCACCAUGCUUUUGCCUGCUUGGGGUUCAUCUGGUUCUAUGCAGGAUUUUGGGCCACCAUGCCUUUGGUAGGAUGGGGAAACUACGCUCCUGAACCCUUUGGCACAUCUUGCACUUUGGACUGGUGGCUUGCACAAGCAUCAGUGGCUGGGCAGAGCUUUGUGUUGUGCCUUCUGUUCUUCUGUCUCAUAUUUCCUACAGCAAUAAUUGUGUUUUCAUAUGCACAAAUCAUUAAGAAAGUCAAAGCAUCUGCACAGGAGGUUGCCCACUUCGACACCAGAAAUCAGAACAGUCAUGCUCUGGAAAUGAAACUAACCAAGGUGGCAAUGUUGAUCUGUGCAGGAUUCCUGAUUGCCUGGAUCCCCUAUGCUGUUGUGUCAGUGUGGUCUGCCUUUGGACAGCCUGACUCUGUUCCUAUUCCUGUGUCUGUGGUGCCCACCCUUCUGGCAAAAUCAGCAGCUAUGUACAACCCUGUGAUAUACCAGGUUAUUGAUUGCAAAAGCGCCUGUGCUAAAACAAGUUGUUUCAGGGCCAUGAAAAAAAGGAGAAUGUACGAGUCCAGGUUUUAUUCAAUAACUGCAGCUGGCAAAGGUGCCCCAGUUAUAGAAACCCAGAUAGAGAUAAAAGAAACUGACUAAUUCAUUGUGUUUGAUGAAGAAGGUUGGUCUGUGCUUGUGCUCCUGAUCUGAAGUUAUUCUGGAUGUAUUACACAACAAAUUAAACAUGAACUACAGCUGCACAGUAUACUCCUUCCUUUCUGUAAGAUACCUGCUACCGAUAUUCCAUAGCACUCAGAGCAAUAUAUGGCAUUGUUUUGCACCUUUAAACCAUCUUUAAAAAAAAAAUAAUAAUUCCAGCCACUGUAUCCAUUUCCUUGUAUUCCAAGUAAUUUGGUUACAGGUUACAGAACAAAAAUAUAUUUGUCCACUGUGGUCUUCAGUUAUUUAAAAAAAAAAAAAAAGUAUGCUUUACUGGAGUAUUCGACUGAACAUGAAUACUUUGAAAAGAUUUUCAACUUCAAACUUAUAUUUUAUAUUUGUAGUAUAUUUAACCACUUAUUAUUUACCAAAGACAGUGUCCAGGUAAAAUGUUGAAGGAAUAUUUACAAAAUCUGCAUCAACGUUCAGUUCUAAAUGAGCACAAUAAGUUCUUUCUAACUGUGACAGGGUAACGUCAAGGCCCACAUUGUUACUGGCAGGAAGAGAGACUCCAAAGCAAGAAGCUGCAGGUUAAGCGCUAUUGCGCACGUUUAUUUUAUUAUUAUUAUUAUUAUUAUUAUUAUUAUUAUUAUUUAUUUCUUAGCAGACGCCCUUAUCCAGGGCGACUUACAAUUGUCACAAGAUAUCACAUUAUACAUUAUUUCACAUUAUACAGAUAUCACAUUAUUUUUACAUACAAUUACCCAUUUAUACAGUUGGGUUUUUACUGGAGCAAUCUAGGUAAAGUACCUUGCUCAAGGGUACAACAGCAGUGUCCCCCACUGGGGAUUGAACCCGCAACCCUCCGGUCAAGAGUCCAGAGCCCUAACCACUACUCCACACUGCUGUUAUUACAACACUAGACACACAAAAACACAAACAGGCACAGUGGCCAAAACAAAAGGUCUACAAAAACUUACAAACAUACCGCACCGCACCUCACUGCACCUCACAUCACCUCACCACAGCGCAGCGCA